CGAGACGCGCACUCGUCACGGCGGCCCGCGAAAAAGUUCCAGGCGAAUCGGCGAUCGACAGUAAACGUCGGAGUAAAGUACAGAGGAGGGAAAUGUACAAGUGCCUCCCGGUGUAUUUUUGGCGAACGUGUCUGGCCGAACCACGAGCCCUUGACGCGUUUUCGGCUUUUCGGACGCAGUAGCCGCCGGUUAUCCGCGUUGUGGCGAUGCUCGUUCGAUCGCUAGAUCCUGCGGGAGCGUAGCACCCCUUCGCCGGCAAGCAUGGAGGAGAAUCCAACGCAAGAAAUCCCGGCUUACGGCAGGCAUCGUGGAUGGCAAGUGAGAACGCGAAUCGCGGUGAUGAUACUCAUUUGCGUCGGUUCGAUGAUCAUUUACUGGUUCGUCAGUUCGAGCAUGGAAAAUCGGCGGGAUGGUAGACGCAGGGGGUCGACCGGUGGGAAGUCUCGUAAAAUGGCCCAUUUGGAGAGACUGUCCGAUCAGGUCUUACCGUUAGAAUACACUUUGAAAAUACUGCCCGUGUUAGAAGAGAAAAAUUUCACGAUGAUCGGCGACGCGCAGAUCCAGCUCUAUUCCAAGGUGCCGACCAAGCACAUACGACUUCACGCCCGUAAGCUCCUCAUACAAGACGUUAGCGUGAAGGAAUACCGCUCGCCGAACGCACCAAAGUUAACGAGCACGUACUUUGUAACGGACGAGGAGGACUUCAUCGACGUCUUUCUUUUACAUGCACUGGUAGCGAGGGAGAUUUACGUUUUGCGCAUAAAAUAUACGAUCCCGCUACGUGAAAAGUCGAAGGGAUUUUUCAGGAGCGCGCACGUCGACCGUGAUACAAACGAGAUCAGAUGGAUAGCGGUGUCGAACUUCUCCCCGGAUUACGCUCGAACAGCUUACCCGUGUUUCGACGAGCCGUGGAUCAAGACGCCGUUUCGCAUCUCGAUCGGCAGAGAGUCGAGCAUGCGAUCGCACUCGAACUCAAUGCGCAAAGUCACCGAGGAAAUACACGGCAUGCCAGGGUACGUCUGGGACCAUUAUGAGAAAACCUUCCGGAUGCCCACUUACUUGGUCGCCUUUAUGGUCACCGAUUUUUCGAGUUACGACGUCGCCGUCGCCGAUCGACCGUCGCACACGAUCUUCUUCAGGAAAGAGAUCGAGAACGACACGAGAUACAUCGGCGAACUGGUAUCAAAGGUUCUCCGUGUAAUACAGAAUCUUACUGGAUUUUAUUACGAAUUAGAUAAACUGGAUGUGAUCGUGGUUCCUGAAUUAGGAUAUGCCGCGAUGGAAAACUGGGGCCUCAUAGCGUUUCGGGAAGAUGUUAUACUUAUAAGGAAAGACGACAGCAUUGUUGAAACGAAAAAGUCACUGGCUAAUAUUGUGGCGCACGAAGUCGCUCAUCAAUGGUUCGGUAAUUUGGUAACGCCAAAGUGGUGGGACGAAGUGUGGCUGAAAGAAGGAUUUUCCACAUUUUUCGGCUUUCUAGCGCUAAAUGCGCUCGAGCCUGCAUCCUGGGACCUGCGGGCCCAUUUCCUGAUCGAGUGUCACGACGUGUUUGACAGCGACGCCGACGAAGCGGCACACCCGUUGCAUAUCGAUCUGGGGAAACUGAGCGGGCUCACCGGCAUCUUCGAUUUGACGUCGUACGUCAAGGGUAAUUGCAUGGCGCACAUGAUCUAUCAUUUUCUGGGCGAGCGGAUCUUCCUCUCGUCUGUGCGCCACUACAUGCGCACGUACCACUAUCGCAACGCUGAUCAGGAGGAUCUCUGGAGCGCUUUUCAGGUGGAGAUCGAUGAAGCGAAGGGGCUACCGGCUUCCUCAGGGCCCCGAAUGAAGGACGUUAUGCGAACUUGGACGUAUCAGGCCGGCUUCCCUGUCCUGCGCGUCCAACAGAAUCGAGAAACCGGUGCGAUCGAGCUUAUGCAGGACCGAUUUUAUCAUUACGGCCUAAAUAGUACGAGCGAAGAGUUAUGGCACAUCCCGUUGACGUGGACAACCGAAAAUGAACAGCAAUUUAGUAAUACCCUGCCGAAGGCAUGGAUGGUCAAGAAACGCAUGAAAAUUAACGACAUUGCUUUGAGCCGGGCGACUUCCAACAACCAGUGGAUUCUGUUUAAUAUCAAUCAAACGGCAUUGUACCGUGUCAACUAUGACGUAGAAAACUGGCAACUGUUGGCAAAGUCCUUCCAAGCUCUACCGGAAGUAACGAAAGCGCAGGUACUGGUCGACUCGUUUGCGAUGGUGACCGCCGAGCUGCUCGAUAAGAAAAUUAUGUGGAAUAUCCUUGAGAAAGUGGCGUCAGAAAGUGGAGAAAUAUUGUGGACACCCGCGCUGCGUUUAUUGACCACCGUCCAGGAUCGUCUUUGGGACUCGGACUUGUUCGAGUUCGUCAUGUGCACGUUUAUAGAUAAAGUGUAUAGCAAGGUGGCACCGACGGUGAUUCUUAAGGAACCCACGAUGUGGACAAAAUUCGAGAUAGACUUAAUGAAAUCGGCGUGUUCAGUCGACAAUCAAGCAUGUUUAACGGCAGUCCUUGACUUCGCUCGAAAAAUGCUACACAACGAAUCGUCGAACUAUUCACCAGAAGAGUUUCGUAGCUGGACGUACUGCACACUCGUGAAAGUCGUCACGGAGGAACAAUGGCUGGCACUCCUGAAAAGAUACAACGAAUCAGCGUAUGAUAAGAAAAGCCUUGCGUUCGCAUUGGGAUGUCAUGUUAACGCGAGUCUGUUGCAGAGAUAUUUAUCUAUAAUGUAUUCUCAAAGAAAUGUAUCGUCUGAAUACGCAGAACUAGCUCUGAAGUCCAUCGCCUCGAAUCCACACGGAUACCGCGUCGCAAUAGAAUUCCUAGCUCAACAUUGGAAUAAGUUUAACACGAACACCACAGAAGAUGAUAAUUACGCAAACGUUACCUUGAACGAAGUAUUGAAUGCCCUCUCGAAAUGCAUUCGUCAAGAACGGGAUGUGGAAUGGCUAAUGCGGCUGAGAGGCAAGAGUGAGAAGUACGACACCAUCAUCGGGAAAGUUAUUAAUAGAGUCCAGACCAACGUUAUGUGGUACAAGAAGCAGAAAAACGAGACGUUGAAGAUACUAGAAGAAAUUUCUACGAGACAUGCCGAGACAAGAGAGUGCAGAAAACGAAGUUAAUAGAUGUAUUCUGGAUAAAAAUUUAUUCAAGACAGUGCAACCGUGCGACUUAACAUGAUCAAAUAACAUGAUCAAUUACGUAUAAUUAAUAUAAUUUACUUUAUAUAAAUUUUGAUGCCACGACGUUGCAAUCAAAAAUUAAAUUUAAUUAUAGUUGUUAUUUAUCAAGAAAAAGAUAACAAACGAACGUGCAUUUUUUAUAGGAUCAAAUAAAGAAAACUUGUAAAUAA